CGGCCGCUGCGUGUUGAAUGUUCCCGUCCGAGGACGCAUGGCCAGGGAAGCGAGGCGCGGGCCGGGACCCCGAGGGGCCGCCGUCCGGGAGGCGGUGAUGCUGCUGCUGUGGCUGGGGGUCCCGAUCGCGCGCUCCUACAACGUGGACACGGAGAACCCGCUGCUCUACCAGGGCCCCCCGGACACCCUCUUCGGCUACUCGGUGGUGCUGCACAGCCACGGGGCGCACCGUUGGCUCCUAGUGGGCGCGCCCAGGGCCAGCUGGCUGGCCAAUGCUUCCGUGGUCCAUCCCGGAGCGAUUUACAGAUGCAGGAUUGGAAAGAAUCCGGACCAGAUCUGCGAGCAGCUCCAGCUGGGUAGCCCUCAUGGAGAACCUUGUGGAAAGACUUGUGUGGAAGAAAGAGACAAUCAGUGGUUAGGAGUCACACUUUCCAGGCAGCCAGGAGAAAAUGGAUCCAUAGUGACAUGUGGGCAUAGAUGGAAAAAUAUUUUUUACAUAAAAACUGAAAAUAAGCUCCCUACUGGUGUUUGCUAUGGAAUACCUUCUGAUUUACGAGCAGAACUUAGUAAAAGAAUAGCUCCAUGUUAUCAAGAUCAUGCAAAAAAGUAUGGAGAAAAUUAUGCAUCAUGUCAAGCUGGAAUAUCUAGUUUUUACACAACGGAUUCAAUUGUAAUGGGAGCUCCAGGAUCAGCUUAUUGGACUGGAUCUCUUUUUGUCUACAAUAUAAUUACAAAUAAAUUCAAGGCAUUUUUAGACAGAGAAAACCAAGUAAAAUUUGGAAGCUAUCUAGGAUACUCAGUUGGAGCUGGUCACUUUCGAAGUCAGCACACCACUGAAGUAGUUGGGGGAGCCCCCCAACAUGAACAGAUUGGCAAAGCAUACAUAUUCAACAUUGGUAAAAAAGAACUAAAUAUCAUACAUGAAAUGAAAGGAAAAAAGCUUGGCUCUUACUUUGGAGCUGCUGUCUGUGCCGUGGAUCUCAAUGCAGAUGGCUUCUCAGACCUACUCGUGGGAGCUCCCAUGCAGAGCGUUAUCAGAGAAGAAGGAAGAGUGUUUGUGUACAUCAACUCCGGCUCGGGAGCAGUAAUGAAUGAAAUGGAAGUAGUACUUGUUGGAAGUGACAAAUAUGCUGCAAGAUUUGGAGAAUCUAUAGCUAAUCUUGGUGACAUUGAUAAUGAUGGCUUUGAAGAUGUUGCUAUUGGAGCCCCACAAGAAGAUGAUUUGAGAGGUGCUAUUUACAUUUACAAUGGCCGAGAAGAUGGGAUCGCAUCAACCUUCUCACAGAGAAUUGAAGGAAUUCAAAUCAGCCAAUCUCUAAGUAUGUUUGGACAGUCAAUAUCUGGACAAAUUGAUGCAGAUCAUAAUGGAUAUGUAGAUAUAGCAGUAGGUGCUUUUCGAUCUAAUUCUGCUAUUAUACUAAGGACAAGACCUGUUGUGAUUGUUGAAGCUUCUUUAAACCACCCUGAGUCAGUAAACAGAACAAAGUUUGACUGUGUUGAAAAUGGAUUACCUUCUGUGUGCAUGGACCUAAAGCUCUGUUUCUCAUAUAAGGGCAAAGACGUUCCAGAUUAUAUAGAGUUACUCUAUAACAUGAGUCUGGAUGUGAACCGAAAGGCAGAGACCCCAUCCAGGUUCCACUUUUCUUCUAAUGGAAGUUCUGAUGUGAUAACAGGAAGCAUAAAAGUAUCACACAAAAUAGCCAACUGUCACACCUAUCAAGCAUUUAUGCGGAAAGAUGUGCGGGACAUCCUCACCCCAAUUCAGAUUGAAGCUGCUUACCACCUUGGGAAUGAUCUCCUCAGCAAAAAAAGCAAUGAGGAAUUCCCACCACUACGGCCGAUUCUGCAGCAGAAGAAAGAAAAAGACAAGAUUGAAAAAACAGUACACUUUGCAAGGUUUUGUGCCAAUGAAAAUUGUUCUGCUGAUUUACAAGUUAAUGCGAAAAUUGGAUUUUUGAAGCCACAUGAAAAUAAAACCUAUCUUGCUAUUGGAAGUAUGAAGACAUUAAUGUUGAAUGUGUCCUUGUUUAAUGCUGGAGAUGAUGCUUAUGAAACAACUCUCCACAUCCAACUACCCUCCGGUCUUUACUUCAUUAAGAUUUUGGACCUGGAGGAGAAGCAAAUAAACUGUGAAGUGAGAGACAACUCUGGCAUAGUAAAACUUGACUGUACUGUCGGUUAUAUAUAUGUAGAUCAUCUCUCAAAGAUAGAUAUUAGCUUUCUCCUGGAUGCAAGCUCACUCAGCAAAGCAGAAGAAGACCUCAACAUCACUGUGCAUGCUUCCUGUGAAAAUGAAGGGGAAAUGGGCAGUCUCAGGGACAACAGAGCCACUUUAGCAAUACCACUGAAAUAUGAAGUUAUGCUCAGUGUUCACGGGUUUGUAAACCCAACUUCAUUUGUGUAUGGCUCACAGGAAGAAAAUGAGCCUAAAACAUGCAUGGAAGAGAAAAUGAACUUCACUUUCCAUGUCAUUAACACUGGUUCUGGCAUGGCUCCAAAUGUUAGUGUUGAAAUAAUGAUUCCAAAUUCUUUCAUGCCCCAAAACUAUGCACUGUUCAACAUUCUGGAUGUCCAGAGUACUACUGGAGAAUGCCAUUUUAAGAACAAUGAAAGAAUAUGUUCAUUUGAGCAACAAAAAGGUGGAUUGAACAUCCUGAAAGACAUGUACCUCUUCUUUGCUAAGGCUGAUAAAAUGCUCUUUCACUGCAUGAAAGUUGAUCCAUAUUGUUUAACUGUCUUAUGCAAUUUUGGGAAAAUGGAAAGUGGAAAAGAAGCCAGUGUUCAUAUUCAGCUGGAAGGCCAGCCAUCUCUUUUACAAAUAGAUGAAAGUUCAACACUCAAGUUUGAAAUAAGAGCAACAGCUUUUCCAGAGGCAAAUCCGAAAGUUAUUGAACUGAACAAGGAUGAAAAUGUUGCACUUGUUCUACUGGAAGGACUGCAUCAUCAAAAGCCUAAACGUCACUUUACUAUAACGAUUGUUAUAGUCAGUUUGCUGCUUGGACUUAUUUUACUCUUACUGAUUUCAGGUGCCAUGUGGAAGGUUGGCUUCUUUAAAAGACAGUAUAAAUCUGUCUUACAAGAAGAAAACAGAAGGGACAGUUGGAGUUAUGUGAACAGUAAAAUCAAUGAUGAGGAUGAUGAUCACUAAGACUUCUUUCAAAUUGAGAGACAAAUCACAGCCUCAGUUUGUUUACAAAAAGUGAAGUUUGCUCAGCUUUGUGUGCGACUUUACUUACAGCCAGUGACAAGUCUUAAUAGAAACAAGAGAAAAUAACUGCAAAGGUGAUUAAAAUAUCUUAAAAUGAUUUUUCAACCCUUAAAUGGAUAGAAAAACACUAAAGCAUUCAAAGAGUUCAAGUAAUUCCCUCUUAAAAGUGCAACUGAAUUUAAAUCAAUGGACACAUAAACAACUGAAUGAGAGAAAUUUCUUGGCAUAUACGAAAAUUAAAAGUCAAGACAUUUUACAUCUACUGAAUUGGGUAAUGGUUUAUUGCUAGUUAAUAAGAGAACCAUUAUUGUUUUAAGGCUAAUAAUAUAUUUAAGUAACUUCUAUGAACAGUUCAUGAAAAUUUGUAAACCUUAUGAGGUAACUUGAGGCUGAAUUUAUACACUGGUCUGCAUUUAAUGAGUGAUUUCUGGUAAAUUCCUGUUUUACAGCUGUUUAAUUUUCUUUUUCUGUAUAUAUUUUUAUAGGAAUAUAUUGUAGCUGUCCUGUAACAAAGUUUUAUCAAGGGCAUUAAGGAGUGAAAUUUAAAACUGAUUAAUUUGACUAAAGAAUUAUAAUUUAUAGAUUGUGAAUAUCGCACUUUAGCUGAUAUUUAAAAUAAAAAAUGUGCAAACCAGUGAUUCUAAAAACAGAUUGUAAAGAAUGAUUAGGGGCCAAUAUUUUAUGCAGAUAAUAUUGUUUAAAACAGUGACAGCUAAAAAUAAGAAAAUGUGUUUGUUUGGAUGGAAAUCUUUUCUAGAUGAAAGUGGACCAUCAAUUCACAGAGUUUAUGAAAAACUAAAACAUACAUGAACUAUUAAUGAAAUAUUUUUAAGUUUUUUGUUUGUAUAAAGAAAACAAUUUCUUGUAGAAAUGAAUCUUAUAAUUUAUUUCUUAAAACACAUGUUAAAGCAGUAUUUUUUAUAUUUAUUUCAUCUGAAUUCAGAUUUGUUUUCAUACGUGUAAGAAGGUUGUGAUCAAAUUUUUUUAAUUUGCCAUAGGUGGGACCAGAAUGCUAGUAUAGCCGGCCAGGUGCCAAUCUUGCAUACAACCCACCAGAGUUCUGUCCUCAGCACCCCAGACGGUCUCCCAAGCACCACCAGGAGUAAGCCCUAAGCAUUGCCAGGUGUAGGCCCCCCAAAACAAACAAAAACACAAAUUUUACUGUGGAUAUCUGCCAGCAACUAUUCUGAUCACUGGAUAGUCACAAAUUUUCAGUCUGCAAUUGGUAGCAGAAGAGGGGAAUGUGUGAAGAUUUGUGGAGGCAUAGGAAUGGCAAAAGCCAAUCACAGUGAGCACCAGCAUAGUCAGAAUAUACACCAAUCUGAAAAUUAACUAUAAAAUAUUUGCUUAUGCCUUGGAGGACCUUUCAGAAGAUGUAUACAUAGGGUCAGGAAUCUGAGUAAAUAAAGAUUCAGUUCUUUGCUGUUCUGAAUUUCCAGUAUUCUGGGUAUUGAGUACGCUGUAAAUAAUAAGCACUGAAUGCCCAACAACAUGAAUUUCAGGGCAAGAGUACACAACUUCAUCUGGCCAGGUUAUGGACAGUUAGAUCUAAAUUUUAUAAGUAAUCUUAAAAUUUGUAUCAUUUUAAGAAGAUAUUCAUAAAAUUGUUGCAAUGUUUUUGAAAGGAUAAUUCUUUUUUAGAAUCAUUAUUUUUAUUGAAAAAUAAUGGUGCUAUCUCAGGUUAUAUAAUCUAAUUUUUAACUUAAUUCUCACUGGGAUCAGGUCCCUUAAUCAGGGCAUUCUUAUAUAAACUCUGGGAGCUAUUUUAUACCAGGUUAUAAAAUAAUUGAACAUCUGAACUCACAUUAUUUAACUUUGUAAUAGUCUAGCUUAAAUAUCAGUUUGUCAUAAUGAUUUCUAGAUUAUAUGAAAAGGCUUUUUUUCAGUUCCAAUAAAUGCCUUUCCCAAACCAGAAUUUAAUUUUGUUUCUGGUAUAGUUCAUAUUUUUUAAUUUCUGGUUAUUUCAAAGUCCUGGAACCUAAUAUUAUUUUUAGCAACAUCAAAAAUAAUAAUUUCAAUUUCUUUUAAAGAUAAGUGGAGAUUCUCUUGACUAGAAUGUAUAAAGUAGGAAUACAUUCUUUUAUAAACAGUUACAAGUUACUUUGGAAUCAUUAAUUUCUUCCAUGCUUCCUCCAUAUAGGGUAAUAAGUCUUGGAUGUAGUCUAUGAAGAAAAAAUAUAUAAGAUUAUUUCAUCAACUUAUUCACAGACAUAUGUAUUGAUGUUACAUAAUACCUCACAAAUCUAAAAGCCAUCAUCCUACUUUAUAUGGUAGAAAUGCAACCUAGAGAUAUUUAGGGUGUGAAAAAUAAGCACCAGUAAUUACUAUUAUGUCAUUUCCUGGACAUGCUGUCCAUUGUCUCUGUAAUCCCAGUCAGUUUUGUCUCCCAAAAAUCAAGGGGGUUGCCCCUGCACAACACCAAUCCUUUGAGUCAUAAUGCUUACCAGGGAGGAGUCUGGAUUUGCCUAUACCUAUUGCUACCAAGAUCUCUUGUGAGAUAAAUAAUAAGUUUUAAAAAAUGCUUUUGAAAACAAACUGUUGAACACAAAGUGGUCUACUACUAAUUGGAGGUAAAAAAAAAAACUGUAAAGAUAGCAUACAUGAGGGAUUUCACAAGGUUUAAGAACUUAAUCCAUAUCAAAAAUCCAAAAUGAAACUGUCGCUCUGCGUUUUUUUCUUUUCGGGUCACACCCAGCAAUUCUCAGUGUUACUCCUGGUUCUUCACUCAUAAUUACUCCUGGAGGUGCUUGGGGGACCAUAUGGGAUGCCAGGGAUUGAACCCAGAUUGGCUGCGUGCAAGGCCAACGCCUUACUGGCUGUACUAUGAUUCUGGCCCCAACUCUGCAUUAUUUUAUAAAAUUAUAAUGCAAAUGAAUGCCAAAGAAAAUAUCUUUGUUUUAUGUAAUGUUUGGUAAAUAAAUGUAAAG